AUGUACGUCGUGAGGGGACAGUGCUGGGACGGCGCGACCCGUUGCAGACACUACCAUAGCACUUUGGACAUCGUCGGGCUCAGUUUCAAAUGCUGUCCUGGUUUCUACUGGCCUUGCUACGAGUGCCACACGACAGUGAUGCCGCACGAUCCAGUGAGAUAUGACACCCGAGAAGAAAGCGAGGUCAAAUGUGUGCUCUGUGGAGAGUGCAAAACUCAAUUGACCUUCAGCGAGUACACGGCUACGGGGUCCUGCCCGGCGUGUAACGCAUCGUUCAACCCGCAAUGCAGGGCGCACUACCCGUUGUACUUCGAGAUGCACUGA